CCUCUUCUAGCUAAGAUCGGCAACUAGAACUACGACCAAAACCAAGAGAACCUCUGCGCUGAGCGUACCAGCAGCGUCGUUAUCUACUAUUGACGAGCACACCAUCCAACUUGAAGUUGAACUUUCUUCCGUGGUAAUAGAUGUGGCUAUAAUGUCUUGGCCUCGUGGUAUUCGUGUUGCUUUCCUGUUUGACUUUAUUGCCGGUCCAUUCCCACUCUUUGCGGCCGGGAGCGGAACACCAGGAGCUGGAGAAAGCCUAAUUGCGGACGACACCAAGCGAAAGCUGGCGGCCCAUGGGAUCUUUGUCCCGGAUGAAAAGCGAGAUGCUGACCCAGGAACAAGCGGAAGCACAGGUCUUUCUGUCUCCUUCGAAAUGGAACUUCGUGAGGAGGAGCCACUACUUCUUGAUGUGGUUCCCACGACCGCCGCAUCAGCUGCACAACCACAAUCCAUUUCUUCAACAGCCGCAGUGGCUGAGGAGCCUGGCCAGGAAGAAUUACUACAAAGCCGAACUGGAACUACAGUAACAGUAGAAGCUGCUGCAGCUCCUGCGAGGGACAAAGAUAAAAAACUCGUCGUCGAGGUUGGUGUUAACGACGCUUCAGUGUAUGACGAAUUUAAAGAGCAGGAGAACGUCUUGGUAGUUGGAUUUGAACCCGUUUUGGACAAAUACGCGAGGGUGGUGACAAAAUACUAUUCGCCUGAUGAAACUGGUGAUGAUGUUGUAGACACAACUACACAAACUCCAACAACUUCUUGCGCUGCAACUACAACAGCACUGUGCAUUUCGUGGAAGGAUUUGUGGUCAGUACCCGGGAAAUACCUGGUUUUUCCCUUUGCGGUCGGGGAUGAUACGGUAACGACAGUAGAAGAAGCAGCUGAAGAAGUUGUACUGGAAGAAGGGCAAGAAGAAGUUCAAGGUGGUCCUGAUCUUCAUCUUCAUUUUGGCUCGUCCACUCCGCAUGACAAACCGCAACAUCGAAGCGAGAAGCAUCUUCUCAGUAUCAAGAAAUACCUUCCCUUCCACAUCGCGAAGCUCGACGGGUGCUCGUCUUUAUCAAAAAUCGACUCCAAGAAGCUCGAUGGGUUACUCCCCGGCACCGUUCCCACCCAGGUUUUCGCAGAUGCAGAGGAGGAGAGGAAGGAAAAAUCCUCCACGGCUAGGAAGGAACAGCAGGACCUGCACAAGGCCUUCUGGACGGAGCGGUGUGGAAAGACUUUGUCAACGAGAAUUGUCCCGGUCGUGAGUCUGCGGACUUUGUUGGACUCCGGGGUAAUUGGAAUGCUGCAAAGCAAUAGGAAGAACAGCAUCGACUUCUUGAAGAUCGACGCGCAGGGGUAUGACGUGGACGUCGUCGGGUCCAUUCUCGCCAACACACCUCAGUUUGACAUUGUAAGAGAUUGAUAGCAGCAUUCCCUCCUGCUCCGCAUUUUAUGGAAGUAGGAGAUGUUCGCUUCUGGACCAUCUGCGGUGGAAACUGAGGAACAAAGGAGGGUGUUACAUACAGAGCUAGAGGCCUUCCCUAUGUAUGAUCUAUUAUUGUGGCAGGUGUACGUACAAAGUUGUCCAUAUGAUUACUCGCUCACCUCCGAUCAUGCGAUUGAUCUUGAUCUUGAGAUUCUCAUCUUCUCCCUUGUUUCGCAGCUUAGAAUCUGCAUCGGCAGUUUCCGCCGUUUCCCCUCCAAUACCGGUUCAGCGGCUGUUGAACAUGACGCACUACUCGCUGGACGCCAUGUAUGCAAGAAAAAAACUGUAUAAGUGUAAAUCUGUCAUGCAGAAAAUGCAAAACAGUUACACUUGUCAUGCUCGACAUGCAUGAUCGGCUCGCUUCCUAUGUGUUUUCCCUUCCUAUCUGCGCAUAACAAGUUUUUCUUGUCAUGGCAGACAAACUUGUGAUGUUGUUUUCCCAAAAGACUCACACUAACACAGUUUUUUUCUUGGAUACCAUGCUGAUUGAAAACGAGGGGAGAUUCAUGCACCGACUGUUGAAGCUGGACGCAACUAUACAACCCCACAAUGAGCUGCAUUCCCGCAUGACAAGUUCUGUUUCUGGAUCUGGUGUAGUACCUUCACCGCAGCAUCACAAACUCUUCCACUUCUCUCCGCGCUCCCAGCUCUUGCUCCAAAGAGCGAUCAAAUCCAUUCAACUAGAAAUGACGGCGGACAUUUGCAACAUCCCGUACCAGCACGCGCCGCUUUGCUCGCAGGCUUUGUUCAUCAUGAACUUGCUGAACUACACGACUUUGGGGGACAACUGCGGCGACUUGCUGUGUAUCGAGUGCAAAUAUGUCUGGCUCUGGGUCUGGAAGAUUGCGAGGUUUGUCGUGCUAGUCUGGCAUGACUCUGAGCUCUGUAUUGCGUGACCACAAGAAACAGCUUCUCUCGCCUGUCAUGCAAAAACGCAGCUUCUCAUGGUCAUGCGGAAUACGCAGCACAGAAGCACGAAGAAACUUGUCAUGCUUGGCGGCGCAUUGCAGUGCGCUUAUUAUUGACUUACUUGCAUCACAACUUCCCAGACCCAGACAUAUUUGCAAUGCAUACUGUGGUCAAGGGAGCACUCCUUCUGCACGACCGAUUUUUUGUUUUUUCAGAAGAAAUUUUCGUUCAACGAGAUCGGGUUAUACGCCGACGCGGUCUUUUAUUCCCUGAAAAUCAACCACAUUCCCCAUCCAAUUUGUGAUGCAAAACACGCAGUAAGGCCUGUCGUGCGUGUCAUGCGAAAAGUGGACGAUGGUUAAUUUUCAGGGAAUAUCUUUAAACGGAGGAGGCUGGGACUGGGGGUAGGGGACCCGUAUGAAGAGGUUGUGAAGGGGAAAUUGUUGGCAGAUAAAGCAAAGAUGGAAAGCAAAAAUAAACCAGACGGCAGUGAUGCCAAUCAUGUUGGCGAUCAUUCUGAUUCACAGCAUGUCGUCGAGAAGAUGAACAAAUCAGCCACAGUAGUAACAAGCCCAAGAAGUAGGACGCGCUUGAUGACCUGGAAAGGCCGUCUGCAAGUGCUGGAUCAGUUUCCGAUCCGGUUACGAGAAGCGAGAGCGGGGACCCCCGAUAAUGUUACUACAGGACAAACAACAGAACUAACAGAAACCAAACUCGUCCUCAACGUCGAAUGCGGCCUGGAGAGCGCUUUGGAGGAAGAAGAAGACUCUCCUACAACUUCUGUCGACGCAACAUCACAAGAACUACGACGACACCCCCGUACAACUACCACAACCACCGUCUCCUUCACGACAAAUUGGCGACGAUACCUGAAAUUCCUCGCAUUCCCUUGGGAACAAGAGGAGAAACACUGGAGGAAAAAUUUCCUGGCGAAACACUCGGAGGACAUGAGGAAAAAACUGCUAGAUUCCCCGCGAUUCGCCUACAACCGGCCGAGCCGGGUCAGGAACACGACUUUGGGAACGCUGGCGCUGAGUUCUUACGAAGAGGGAGAAGAAGUGGAGGACGAUCACGAUGGGGGUAGCAGCGAAGGUGCUGGGGGAAGAACGACAUCAUCUGGACGUCGAAGUACUAGAAACACGACUUCUGCCAAGAAGUUGUCUCAGCACUACGUCGUUCCGGUAGACUUCGUGAAAAUCCUCCGGGAUGUUUUCGAAAACGAUAUUGAGAAGUUUGUAAAAGUGUUUUUCGAGGACGGAGGAAGUUCUGGCGUCGUGAAAGAGGUUGUUAUUAGAGAUUGUCGAAAAGUGAGUGCGAGUCAAAGUGGCAGAAUACACAUUCGAGAAACAGCAGAAGUAGAUGUUAGACUUAAAAGAAUAGAACAAGCGUGAUAUUCUUUACUACGGUUGACUGAGUAAAAGGUAGUGACACCGUAAUCGACUUCGACAGAAAGCCAAAGCACAAAAAACCCUGCAUCGAGAGUUCGCUAUCACAGGUGAUAUGAUUUGGUGUUCCAGGCUCGAGCAUUUCGGCGGUUCGAUUGAGGUCACCAGCGUGUAUUAUCAUUAUGCCGAUAAUUCGACUUCGCAUUCAUAUGUGUCGCAGCGGC